AUGUCGGUCGCCACAGAGAUCAUCCAUCAGACCAACAGUGAAAUUAUCCAAAUUGUCGCCAUGUCGGAGUCGGGCAGUGAAGCAAGCAAGGCGGCAAAGAAGAGAGAAUACAAUCGCAACGCCCAGCGAGUUUUCCGCCAAAGACGCAAGGAACACUUGAGCAAACUCGAAGCUGCCCAGCGCGAACUGAACAGUAUUCAGGGGGAAGAAGUUGAACGACUUCGCCGCGAGAACCAGGCACUCGUUCAAGAGAAUGAAUCCUUGAAGGCCGCUUACGGGUCGCAAGCCAGUUCACCAGGUCCGACAAUGAGCCCUGGUGAAGUCAGAGGAUCUCCUUCGGGGUAUAUGGCGUAUGGAGCUGCGCCUGGUGGCUACCUGGGUGCAGUUUCAGGGGCUCCUUCCUACGUGUCGAGCGCUGUGCCAGUCUCCGUGCCUCAACCAGCCACGACUCCUUUAUCGAGCGCCAGCAGCGACCCCAGCACCCUCGUCGUCGUCGUACCCAACAACAUCCGCGAAAUCCGUCGAUCACUUCAUCAAAUGUUCUCGCCACUUCUCGAAAUUCCCGUCAUCUCUAACCCGCAGACGCAUUUGGCCACCCUAGCAGCGCUGGAACCGUCCCUGCCAAGUUCUCUGAAACCUUCCCAGCUUCAACUUUCCACGCCACAUCAUGCUUAUAUAGACAUGAUCCCUUCUCCCAGUCUCCGAGACCGCCUGAUCGCAAUCGGUCCGGCGAAUGCCAAUACCUUUUUAACAGAGGCAUGCACCAUAGCAUGCGACAUUGAAGAUACAGGGCAGAUGAUUGUAUGGGGAGAAGAUUGGCUCAAUGAAUUCUCGUGGGAGUUUUCUGCGAGCGUUCUAGAACGCUGGGGUGGUUGGCUUCUCACCUCGGAAUGGGGUCAGAGGGCCAACUUUUGGCGGCGCCAAAGAGGAGUCCCGAUUCUUCCGGGCUACGACUGA